UCAUGGACAUUUUUCUUGGGGAAAGACCACUGAUUCCAACUGGUACUCCACAGUCGAUUGUGACUUUAAUUAAAAGUUGUUGGGAUGCCAAACCGGAGAACAGACCAACUGCUGCGGAAAUAUUUAAUCUCCUCAAUGCUUG